CUACUAAAUCGAAUCAAGCUUUUUGGGAGGCCCAUCAAAAUUCAGUUUAGAUCAGGAAGUAGUCAUACAUCUCAGGAUGUUGGUUUAUCAUAUCCCCAGCAUCAUGUUGGAAAUUCAAGCCCUUACCACCACAUCUCCUAGCAGCAGAUAUGAAAGGACUGUGGAUAAUAUGACUCCAUCAUCACAGAUAAUUCAGAGGUCAUUCUCUUCUCCGGAAAAUUAUCAGAGACAGGCAGUGAUGAACAGUGUUUUGAGACCGAUGUCAUAUGUUGGGAAAUUUGGCUCUCCACAUGUGGAUCAGUCAGGAUUUUCACCAUCAACUCAGUCACAUAAUCAUACUUUGAACCAGUCUUCAAGCUCCCAUUGGCGCCAGGAUACACCGUCAUCACUGCGUAAACCCAGACAGAAUUCUCACCCCUACCUAGCAGAUAGACACCAUAGCCGUGAGCAGCGUUACACUGAUCAUGGGUCUGACUAUCAUUUCAGGGGAGGCAGAGAUGAUUUCUUCUAUGAAGACAGAAAUCAUGACGGCUGGAGCCAUGACUAUGAUAACAGAUGGGACAGUAGCAGAGAUGGAAAAUGGCGCUCAUCUCGACACUAA